CUGGAUGUUCUGAAGCUAGCCUCUCUCCUCCAUUUACAUCUCCAGUUUGCAUUUUGCUGAGAAAACUUCCUGCCCUGGUCUCAGAUGGCACCCGCCCCAUCCAGACACCUUGGGAAUGAAUUACAAGGGAGCUAGGAGUGAGAGCGAGGACCACGCUGCUGAUGACUCCGAGGGAGGGACCCUGGACAUGUGCUGUAGCGAGAGGCUGCCGGGUCUUCCCCAGCCGGUAGUGCUGGAGGCACUGGACGAGGCCGAAGGGCUCCCGGACCCGCUGAGAGAGAUGCCACCGCCCCCUCCUCCCUUGCCGCCCUCAGAGCCAGCGCAGAAGCCACCACCUCAGGGUGCCGGGAGCCACUCCCUCACUGUCAGGAGCAGCCUGUGCCUGUUUGCUGUCUCCCAGUUCCUGCUUGCCUGUGGGGUGCUCUGGAUCAGCGGCUACGGCCACAUCUGGUCACAGAACGCCACAGACCUCAUCUCCUCUUUGCUCACGCUCCUGAAACAGCUGGGACCCACGGCCUGGCUGGGCUCUGGGACCUGGGGCGUCCCCAGCCUGCUGCUGGUCUGCUUGUCCGUAGGCCUGGUCCUCGUUACCACUCUGGUGUGGCACCUCCUGAAGACCCCCCCAGAGCCAACCACCCCACUACCCCCCGAGGACAGGCGCCAGUCAGUGAGCCGCCAGCCCUCCUUCACCUACUCGGAGUGGAUGGAGGAAAAGGUUGAGGAUGACUUCCUGGACCUGGACCCAGUGCCCGAGACCCCUGUGUUUGACUGCGUGAUGGACAUCAAGCCUGAGGCCGACCCCACCUCGCUCACCGUCAAGUCCAUGGGUCUGCAGGAGAGGAGGGGCUCCAACGUCUCCCUGACCUUGGACAUGUGCACUCCGGGCUGCAACGAGGAGGGCUUUGGCUAUCUCAUGUCCCCACGUGAGGAGUCGGCCCGCGAGUACCUGCUCAGCGCCUCCCGCAUCCUCCAAGCCGAGGAGCUUCACGAAAAGGCCCUGGACCCUUUCCUGCUGCAGGCAGAAUUCUUUGAAAUCCCCAUGAACUUUGUGGACCCAAAAGAGUAUGACAUCCCUGGGCUGGUACGGAAGAAUCGGUACAAAACCAUACUUCCCAACCCUCACAGCAGAGUGUGUCUGACCUCACCAGACCCCGAUGAUCCUCUGAAUUCCUACAUCAAUGCCAACUACAUCCGGGGCUACGGUGGAGAGGAGAAGGUGUACAUCGCCACUCAGGGACCCAUUGUUAGCACGGUGGCCGACUUCUGGCGCAUGGUGUGGCAGGAACACACACCCAUCAUUGUCAUGAUCACCAACAUCGAGGAGAUGAACGAGAAGUGCACUGAGUACUGGCCGGAGGAGCAGGUGGUGUACGACGGUGUGGAGAUCACUGUGCGGAAGGUCAUUCACACAGAGGAUUACCGGCUGCGACUCAUCUCCCUCAAGAGUGGGACUGAAGAGCGAGGCCUGAAGCAUUACUGGUUCACGUCCUGGCCUGACCAGAAGACCCCGGACCGUGCCCCUCCGCUCCUGCACCUGGUGCAGGAGGUGGAGGAGGCAGCCCAGCAGGAGGGACCCCACUGUGCCCCCAUCAUUGUCCACUGCAGUGCAGGGAUUGGGAGGACCGGCUGCUUCAUCGCCACCAGCAUCUGCUGCCAGCAGCUGCGGAAUGAGGGCGUGGUGGACAUCCUGAAGACCACAUGCCAGCUCCGCCAAGACAGGGGCGGCAUGAUCCAGACCUGUGAGCAGUACCAGUUUGUACACCACGUCAUGAGCCUCUAUGAAAAGCAGCUGUCCCACCAGCCCCCAGAGUGACCACGCUGCUCCUCCAAGGUUCUCUAAGUCUGCGUCCUCACCCUGAUCGCCCGGGGGCCCUACCUCGGGUCCUGGGCCGGCCCCCUGCCCCCACCCUCUCCCGCUUCCUCCUCUUCAGUCUGCUCCCUUCAUCCUCUGUUAGUCUUGGCUUGGCCCCCACCCCCCAGCAUAGCUCUUCCUACUGUAUAUAUUGGGGAAUCGGGGGAGGGCAGGGGAGGGACGUGCCAGGCCAGGCCUGGGGCCCCAGGACCUGACCCACACCACGCAGACUUGGGGCCUCAGUUUUUAAUGAUGGUUCCAUCGCUACUUGAUCCAAAAUGUUUCCAUGCCGCACUCCAAGUGUCCUGCCGCAGCGUGUUCUGUCUGUCCAUCCGUCUCUGCCGUCUGUACCGGACACUGUGUCUCCUCGGCCAGGAAGGGGUCAUGGGCUCCACCCCCUAAGCAGCCCAGGCGGAGGUGUCUGCCUGGGGCCCCCACCCCUACUUCUCCCAACCGGUGGAUGACCUGGAGGUCAGGCAAGGGGAGCCCCUGAGUGGUUGGCAGAGAGAUCUCAGCUGUGGGGGGAGAGGUCUCUGGGUUGGAGCGGGCAUCACAGCCAGGAUGGCCUCUGGGUGUCAGUUGUCCUCAGGAGGCAAUGACCAGCCUGUGAGGCACGGGGAGGAAGGAGACCGAUAGGGGUGGGGAGCCCAGAGCAUCUGGGUGGGGGUGGGGGAGGGGUGCCCCAGGGUGGGGUGAGGAUUCAGCCCCAGCUCUAUGUAGGAUGUUUUUCUGUGUCACUGUGGGAAAGCCUUCCCAGAAGUCUCGCUGCGCAUCGCUCUGCGUGCGUUCCCAUGUCCAUGCGUGUGUUGAGAGCCCAUCAGCUGAGCAUGCAUGACUCUGGCAACGUGUGUUAUCUUGAAGCCACGUGUUUUUAUUGCUGACUUUACAUAUUUAUUCCACGGCAGACAGAAACAUUUGGUGUCUUUUUAUAUUCCGCUCGUGGCCAUUGAAUAGAGCAAUAAACGGAGCAUUUUGAGCAAAACUAA